AUGACUACCUCAUCAUCUUUCAACUUCCUCGUCUCUCGGACUUCAUCAUGUUCAUCAUCAGAGUCUGAUAAUAGCAUCAAGAUGUCGAAGAAAUUAUUUGGCAGCGUCAAGGACAAGUUCCGAAAGCGACCCUCUCCUCCCCAGUCACCGGUUCAAUCCGUCGCCUCGGGCGCUGGAACCACAGCCGUCGCCGUACCUCCCAGCCCUUCUGAUAACCCUUUCCGCGGCCGAUCACCCGCCACUCGGCGCCCAGUUUCGAUCAUGGAUGCCCCUCCCGCCUACAACGACGUCGUCGGCGCCAACUCGAGCCUGAGGGUCGGUACUACCGUCCCUCGUGCCUCAUCCCCCGCUCCGUCGGUGGCCAGCCUCAGCACUCGUGAGGAUCCCUACGCAUUCCUGAGCACUUUUGACACCAUCUUCGUCAUUGAUGAUUCUGGUUCCAUGCGAGGCCGCUCUUGGCGCGAAGUGCGAGAGGCUCUCCACACCAUUACGCCCAUCUGCGCGGCUCACGACAGCGAUGGAAUUGAUAUUUACUUCCUAAACCACAAGUCCAAGAUUGCUGCCGACCCCAAUGCCGGAAAGGCAUCUGGAGGCUACCGCGGCUUCAAGAACCCCAGCGCUGUCGAGUCUCUCUUCGAGUCUAUCCAGCCCUUUGGUGGCACGCCCACGGGUACGCGUCUACAAAGCAUCCUCAAACCCUACAUCAAGCUUCUCGAGACGAACCAAGAGGCCAUGGAAACCGUCAAGCCCGUAAACGUCAUCGUCAUCACGGACGGUGUUCCCUCGGACGACGUCGAGUCCGUCCUUCUAUCUGCCGCCAAGAAACUUGAUAAGAUCGAGGCGCCGCCUUACCAGGUCGGCGUGCAAUUCUUCCAAGUGGGAAACGAGCCCGGUGCGCGAGAAGCACUCAAGGAGCUUGAUGAUGAGCUCGGUGAGCAGGUCGAGGGCGGUGUGAGGGAUAUGGUUGAUACUGUUACUUGGAAUGGUCAGAAUGGCCAGGUGCAGACUUUGACGGGUGACGGAAUCCUCAAGGCGGUGCUGGGUGCGGUUGUGCGCAGGUUGGACAGGAGGAGAUGA